UGUGCCAUUAUGUUCAUUCAGCGGUCCAGUGGUGCGUAUGACUAUUGUAUUUCGGCUAUAAAUGCUGGUUGUGUCGAUGUAUGUUACAUAUCUGGUAAUCGAGAGAUGGGGAACACUAAGUCGGCUCAAGAAAAUGAGCCGCAGGCGAACGAUGAAAAAUCGAAACCCGCCCACAGCCAGGGAUUCGGCCAACUAUAUGCAGCAGAAAUAGAGCAUUUCAGAAAGAAACCAUGCUGCAGGACCUUCCUCAAGGUUCUCUUUGUCAUCCUUGCAACCCUAACCAUUAUCCAAUCAAUUGUCGUAAUAGCAGUGAGUAUCGCAUCAGCCAUAGCUUCAAAAGUCUUCAAUCAAGACCAGUCUAGCCGUCUCGUGGCGUUAAUAUUAAUAGCAGUCACGGCUGCAGUGACCAUAUCUGUGGUGAUCUAUACCUUGAUCGCAGUGUUAAAAAAGAAGAAGAAACCUGUUCAUGCGACCACGGCAACGAUGGUUAUAUUAGCGAUAUUACAAGCGGUAAUUCUCGGGGUGUGCAUGAGGGUGACAGUGGAAGAUGAGAUUCUGCUGAACCGUUCCCUGAUAGACUCCUUUCGGCUGGCCAAGGACGACAACCCGAGACAUAUGAAGAUAUGGGCUACAACUCAGAAGGACCUCAGCUGCUGUGGAGUUUACAGCGCAGAGGACUACCGGCGUUCGAAUAUCUCGCCCUAUUUUCCUCCGGACGUGCCAAUAUCCUGCUGUCCCAGUUAUGACCCGAGACGCUCAGACCUUUUACAGGAGAAAGAAAGAGAAUCAUGUAAAGCGAAAAGAGAAUUCUAUGAAAACGGAUGCAAGACACCAGUGCUUGUAAUGUUCAAAUUCACCUGUGCAUUGGUGAUAAUGAAUACUAUUGUAUUAAUUGUUUUAGAGCUUCUGGUAGCCUUCUCCGGAGUAUUACAUUUGAAAAUUAAACAUAAUGUGAAAGCAGAUAACAUGGAACAAAUAGCCGUGGCACCAAUACCGAUGCCACGAGCUUCACUAAGUUCAGGGAAAACGAAAUCUGUAAGCUCAACGUGAAACAAAGAAAACUUAAGGAUUUUAAAAGUAUUACCUCAGAAUACAAUUAUUUUUGUAGAUUCGUACAAAGGUGUCGCUGAAAAUGUAAAAACUCUUCUAGUUCAUAAGCGUUUACUUAGAUGGCGUUAAAAACACUUUAAAACAAAAAUCUAACAUAAAUCAAAAUUUUGCUAGUCAUUAUUUUUUAAAUAGGUGGCGCCAAAAGCAACGUAGAGAUUUUUAGUUCAUAAGUGUUUACCUGAUGGCACUUAACACAAAAAGUAAUGAAAUUAUAACUUCAACCAAAACAUUGCUAGUUCAUUAUUUUCCACAAAGGUGGCGCUAAAAUCAGUAGAGUUUUAGAGGUAAUAUUUUUAAAUUACAGGAUAAAUACAAGAUCUCUUAAACAUAACGGACGGACUCAUGACUAAGUUUAGACAUAUUAAGAUUUUUAUACUGUUGCAUAAUAUGUAGGAUUCGUUAAUACUUAGCUGUGAAUAAAUGACAUUGAGACAUUA